GAAGAAGAAUCAACGAGGGGGAACAAACAAAAGUGUGUUAAAAAACGUAAUAAGGAUCGUCUUUGGUCAUGCGUUCUUGGGUCCGGCGGAACGCUCACUCGGCGUUUCGGGUUUGUUAGUGUCUCCCUCCUUUCCUUUCCAAUUCCGGCCCCCCGGACAGAGAUGUUGUAUACACAACGGGCACUCAACUCGAGUCCAGUAGCCGUUUGACCAGUCGGCCAGUUGCAUCGUUCCAGAAAACGUUCCAAAAUCCCAUUUUUUGAAAACCAAGCGCAUCUCAACUUGGGGACUUGCUGGGCAUCGGAUUCGAUCCAUCGACUUUCUGCCAUGGAUUUGAAAGGUGGAGGCGGAGGCGGCGGCAUCAGGUCGGACAAGAAACGCGGACCGGUGACGGCUCUCUUGUCCAGGCAGAAUUCCAAAACGGGCAGAGGAUCGACUCCGCCGGUGAGCAAUUCCGAUCAGGAUUCGCCGCCAGUUGUGCCAGACACAAUCGACAGCCCGCUGCUGGGCAGAGCCAACAACAAUGGCGCGGCUAAUAGCAUCAGCCGGACGUCUUCCAUCCGGAGUAAACAGGGGGAGCCAUCGGCGGAUCGCAACACAAGUCCAAUGCCGAAAAGCCGAGACCAGACACCGGAAUCGGGAGAUUCGAUCCAGUCGACUGGCGAUUCUUCCAGCCUCGGCAACAAAGUGGCCGGCAAGCGGAUGAUUGAUUCAGCCAAGAAGAAGAUUCUCUGGUUGGCGUCUAAAAACGAAUGGGGCGGACUGGAACAAGCCAUGAAAACGCUGGAACAAACAGUUGCGGCCAACAAAAAUUCACCCGAAUUACUUUCACCACUGGCCGACAUCCAGGACGAGUUCACUGGUUACACGCCGCUGAUGUACGCCGUUAAGGACAACCGAAUUUCUCUAAUGGAACGGAUGAUGGAGCUCGGCUGCGACUUGACCACCGUUAACAAAGAUAAUUAUAACACGUUCCACUUGGCCGUGUUGUAUUCGAGAGAGGAUGUCAUCAAGAACUUGCUGGCACGGAAGGCUGACAUUACCAUUCUGGCCGGGCCUCGACUACAAAAUGUCCUCCAUUUAGUGGCGUCGAGAACGGGCGGAUCGGGUGCUUCCGUCGCCAAAUUGCUACUUGCUUCCGGAGCUAAAGACUUCCGCUUGGCCAGAGAUCAGGAGGGAUAUCUACCGCUGCACGUCGCCGUGGAAAUAGGCAACAUGCACGUGACUAAAGAGUUGCUCAAUAUGAACGGCGAUGUCCAGGUGAAAGCCACUUUCGGACCCAAAAUGGAGAUCGCCUUUCACGCGGCCACCAGACGUCGGGACAUUGAACUUUUGAGGAUUUUGAACGACCAAGGAAGUCCCGUCGACGCCACCAACGCCGAGGGGCAAACUGCUUUGCAUAUUGCGGCUGCCGACGGCGACGAGAACAUUGUCAAAUAUCUUCACAUGCUCCACGCCAAUCCCAACAUAUCCGAUAACGAAGAUCGAACGCCGGUACUGCUGGCAGCUGAAAGAGGUCGGACGGCCGUCGUCGAGAUCCUGACGGAAAAGUUCCGGGCAUCCUGUUUGGAGCGCACCAAAGAUGGCAGUACUUUGUUGCACGUCGCUUCACUCCACGGACACCCGGAGACGGCCCUGAUGCUGCUCAAAAAGGGAGUCCCACUUCACAUGCCUAACAAGAGUGGAGCCAGGAGUAUUCACAUCGCGGCACGAAAAGGCCACGUCGGAGUCAUCCAGACUCUUUUGUUGAAGGGCGAACAAGUGGAUGCCACUACAAAUGAUAAUUACACGGCACUUCAUGUGGCUGUCCAGGCCGGAAAAGCUAAUGUUGUAGAGACCCUGUUGGGAUACGGAGCUCAAGUUCACAUCCGAGCUGGACCCUUGCAAGAAACGCCUUUGCAUAUAGCGGCCAGGGUGACGGAAGGAGGUGAGAAAUGUGUGCAAAUGCUACUGAAAUCCGGAUGCGAUGCCAACAUCAAUCGAGCCGAUGGAGUUCGACCACUUCACGUGGCGGCCAGUGAGGGGCAUUUCGGUGUAGUUCGACUCCUUCUUGCCGAUGGAGCUGAUCCUUUACUGGUGAACAUCAACGGUGAAACGCCUCUCCAGGUGGCUUGCGGAACGUCACAUCCAGGCACGCUUUCCGUCGUCCAGCUGUUACUGGAACACGUCCAAGCCGGAUCGGGUUCAGCCGCUACCUACGUCAAUACCCGCAACUCUAUCGGUGAAACAUCUUUACACGCGGCCAGCAACCAACCCCGAAUUACCACAACCGUCAAAGGAAAAUAUCCCGAUCGUGACAUUGCCCAGUCUUUGCUCCAGGCCGGCGGAGAUGUUAGUCUCGACACCUAUCAAACGAAAGAGAAUCCACUGCACUACUGCGCCUCCCAGGGUAACGUUCCUGUUCUGGUGGCCCUGCUGGCCAGCAUUCGACCGACGGAAUUACAGCGGGUGGUCAACAAACAGAAUUUAUUGGGUCGAUCACCUUUGCAAGUGGCGGCUAAGAACGGCCAUCUUCAGUGCGCUCUACUUUUACUUCAAAAUCAGGCUCGAGUCGACGUCUUCGAUAACGACGGAAUGUCGGCCUUACAUUUGGCGUCUGAAUCGGGACACGGGGCCGUUAGCGACGCUCUUUUGGCUCACAACGCUUUUGUCAACAGCAAAUCGCGUGUCGGACUGACUCCUAUCCACUUGGCGGCCCUUAAAGGCUAUACUGAACUGGUUCGGUCAUUGGUGACUGUCCACGGAGCCACGAUUGACGCACUAACUUUGCGGAAGGAAACGGCACUUCAAUUGGCAGCCGGAGCCGGCCAGCUGGAUGUGUGCAGUCUUUUAGUUGAGUUAGGAGCCGAAACGAGUGCAGCGGACGAGUUGGGUCGUAAAGCGAUUCAUUUGGCCGCCCAGCAGAACCACUCAGAAGUGGUGCGUUUGUUUCUGAAACACCAGCCGGCCCUUGUGUUGGCAGCCAAUAAGGACGGUAAUACCUGCGCCCAUAUUGCUGCGAUGCAAGGAUCGGUGGACGUGCUCCAGCAGUUGAUGAAAUUCGACCUAUCGAUCGUGACGGCCUCUCGCAACCGGACGAGCGAAUCGACUCCUCUCCACCUAGCGGCUGAAGGUGGACAUGCGGAUGUGGUGAAAAUGUUGCUGGAAGCCGGAGCACUUCCGCAGGAUGAGAAUAAAGCCGGAUUCACAGCCAUUCAAUUGGCAGCCAAAAACGGGCACAAUGUAGUCAUCGACGUCUUACGCGACGCCAGUCCCGACACGCUCAGCUAUGCGAGUCGUCGAACCGGAUUGAAUUCUUUACACGUCGCUGCUUGCUACGGCCAAUCGGAAAUUGUUCGAGAAAUGUUGGCUCACGUUCCGGCCGGUGUGCGAUCAGAAGCGCCGACAAGUUUAUCAGGAACGGGAGUUCUUCGUGAGUUGGACGGCGAGGCUGGGCUGACGCCAUUACAUUUAGCUGCAUAUUCUGGCGAUGAGAAUGUUGUCCGGCUCCUUCUCAACUCGGCCGGCGUCACGGUGGACCAGCCAUCUGCCCAAAAUGGUUUUACCGCAUUGCACUUGGCAUGCCGAGGAGGCCACGGACCAGUGGCUGGCCUCUUACUUAGCCGCUCGACUGGACUCUUGACCACUCCAGACGGACACGGGCGAUCACCACUUCAUGUUGCCGCCGCUCACGGGCACGGACGAUUAGUGGAGCUCCUUCUCGGUCAAGGAGCCGACAUCAAUGCUGCAGACAAAGCUGGAUGGACGGCCCUUCAUCUAGCCGCUCGAGCCGGUCAUCUGGCAAUGGUCCAGUUAUUGCUGGACAGUGGAGCCACGCCUCGCAGUUUCAACGAUAAUGGACGAAUUCCGUUAUGGUACGCAGCUUCAGAAGGUCACACUUCCGUCUUGACUUUACUUUUGAAACGGGAACAUGAUGCCUACGGUUUGAUGGAAGAUCGCAAAUUUGUCUACAACCUGAUGGUUUGUGGCAAAAAUCACAACAACUUGCCACUGUGCGAAUUCAUUUUGGAAUCGCCAGCGCCUGUGGACGUGGCCGCCAAAUUAUCGCACAUCCUAGCCACUUUGUCCGUCAAGGAAAAAGAGAGGUCAAAGGAUCUGCUGGAAGCUGCCAAACACUGCGAGUCGAUGGCUACUGAAUUGUUGGCCUUGGCUUCAUCUUUGGAAGGAGCUGCCCGUCUUCUGACGGCCCAAGAUCGGAGGCAGAUGCCACUGUUAGACAUCCUUGUGGAACAGGAACAGAAGGAAGUCAUUUCCCAUCCAGCUGUCCAGCGCUACCUUCAAGAAGUCUGGCUAGGAGGAUUGCAAUGGGCGCCGUGGAAACUUCUUUUACUGUUCCUGUGCUGCGUCGUAUUGCCGCCCGUUUGGCUCUGCUUGUGUCUUCCACUCGGACAUCGUUACGACAAAAUCCCCGUCAUUAGGUUCAUGGCUUACUUGACGUCUCACAUCUAUUUAAUGACGCUCCUGAUUUUGACGAGUACUUUGCCCAUUUGUCCCGUUUUGCGGACGUCGUUGCUUCCUUGUUGGUACGAAUGGUUGCUACUUAUUUGGCUAUCGGGCGUUUUACUGGCUGAACUUGCCACACCAAGAGACAGAGGCGGAUUGGGUUGGCUCAGGAUCGCUAUCCUCUUCAUCAGCGCGAUUGCCAUUUUGAUCCACGCCGUAGCAUUCCUCUUGAAACCGGAGCAUUGGACCGUGGCUCUAUUCUUCCGUAAUCAACUGCUGGCCGUCGUCGUCCUACUGUGUUGCAUGCUCCUCCUCGAUUUCCUGUCCUUCCAUUACCUGUUUGGUCCAUGGGCAAUAAUAAUCGGGAACCUGAUGGUCGACGCUUGCCGUUUCCUCAUCAUUUUGGCCAUCUUCAUGUUCGGAUUUACGAUGCAUGUGGCUGCACUCAACCAACCGUUUUGGGCAAGGGAUAUCACACCCAUCACGGCUAAAACCAUAACAGGUGGUUUGAAUUCAGGAGUUGUGGUGACACCGUUGGACACAUUCCAAUUGCUCUUCUUCGCGCUGUUUGGUCUGACGCAACCGGCCGAUUUGCGAAUGGAGACAGCUCAGCCCGAAUGGACACUCUUUUUCUACAAAAUAGUCUUCGGGUUCUACAUGCUGGUGACCACCGUCGUGCUCAUCAACAUGCUUAUUGCCAUGAUGAGUGACACCUACCAGAGAAUACAGGCUCAAUCAGAUGUGGAAUGGAAGUUUGGACUGGCCAAAUUGGUUCGGGCUAUGCAUCGUACGGCGGCCACUCCAUCUCCACUCAAUCUGUUUACUUCGUGGAUUAGUUACCUGUGGCAACUAUCUAGGAAACAAGUUGUCCAUGAGAAUGCGGAUGAUCAUGCACGACUGGUUAGACAAUGUGCCCCAUCGGCAAGUGAGAACAACAAAGGAUGGAUGAGAAAGUUCCAGCACAAAACCAAAGUCGGUCAUCGAGAGUCCAAUGCAUUGGGGGUUGUCCGUCCGGCACCUCUUAGUUCACAAAUGUCCAUUAUCGGCGAUCGCAACAGCUUGGAACAUGUCACUGAUUGGCGCGUAGUCGUCAAGCAGUACAUCAGCAACAACUUGUCGCAGUGCAAUUAAAUAGAAAAAAAUUAUGAAUUAUUUAAUUAUUAACAUUUUUUGGAUAUUGAAUUAUAAAUGAUAUGCAAUGCUAACAGAACAGAAUAUAAAGUUGUUUUGACAAGUCAUGUAUUAAAUCUAGCAGCACACUUUUAGGAUUUUUUUUUGUACAAAAAUUGAAACUUAUGACAGUGAUAUGAUUCACAGGAUGAGGGAAAAUUCGUAGCCAUGACUACGAUAUGUUUUCU